AUGUCCCCCAGCAAAACCCGAACCCCAACUCCAAUCCCGACUCCCCUCGACCCAAUCUCCGAAUGGCGCGCCUGGCAAACCUUCACAAUAAUCUACACAAUCCUCCUAAACGGCCAAAUCCGCCGGCGCUGGCGCCUGGAACAAAAAUGCAUGCAAGACAAACCCCCAUGCGAACGCUUCCGACCCAUGAUCUUCCUCGAACCAGUGCCAACCCUACAAAAGCCCAACACAAGCCCAACUUCAAAACAAGCAGCAAACAACCCCUUCAACGCAUCCACAAUGAACAAACUGCGCACAAAAGCGGCGCUGCUCCGCGCGCGCGUCGAAAAGGGCAAGGAACUCGCCUCGGAGAUCGAGCGACGCAUGGUCCAGAACCCGCCUAUCCGGUUUCCGACGCAUUUCUGCCAUACUUGUGUUGAGGACGGGGAGAGGGUUGAGGUUCUGCUUACUAAGUGUGGACAUCGGGUUUGUAGGACUUGUCUUAAGUAUGGGGUUGAUGAAGAUGGGGUUUAUGAGUGUAGUAUUUGUUUUGUGCCGGCGGAGUUUGUCGCAAGGAGUCCGUUGGGAUUGCUUAAAGCUUGUGACGGGAAGGUUUCUGCGAUUUUGAAGGGCGGGAAAGGUUGGGAUAGUGAUAAGGAGUAUGGGGAUGGGGAAGGGGAAGGGGAGUGGGAAUUGGGUGAGGUUUUGGUUGCGGAUUGUUAA